AUGUCAUCAGUUGUGCCUCAACCGCCAUUCAAAGUUAAGGCACAUUAUUCGUGGUCUGGGGAAACUCGCUCUGACCUUGGGUUCCUUGAAAACGAUAUCAUUCAAGUAACAAAGGUUAAGGGAGACUGGUUUUAUGGCACGCUGCUCAGAAAUUCAAAGAAAUACGGCUAUUUUCCUAAUAACUUCGUUACCGUCAUCCAAGAAAACCUCAAUAAUUUCGAUACGUCGACUAGAAAACAGAAUCUAGGGAGUUCUUCUACUACUCUUUCGAAACAUGAAUUCGCUAUCCCUAAUAGAGGCGUCGACUCUUGCUCACAAAAAUUUAAUAAGCAGGCCAUGAGUGACCCAAGGAAGGACGUGAAGGAUGAAAAACGCCAUGUCCCUAGAAAUCUUCCUAUAAAAGGUUCACAGAUGGAUAAAAUACCUCAGCCGCUUGCUAAACUUGGCCCAGCUUCCAACAGCACCCCACAACUUGGAGUAUCCCAUAACAAGACUAUGCCUGGACUGAAGUCAAGUGAUUAUCAAAAGCGAGAAGCGGUUUCCAGAGCUCGCCGCCGGGAAAAUGAUAGCGAAUUACCACCACUACCACCCAUCCCCCAGCUACAGCAGCGUUUGAAGCCUAAAAACGUAGUACCGAAGUCUUUUUCUUCCAACGAUCUUCCGGAGAUAAACAGUUCUGGAUUAGACUCCCGCAUGUCUUAUAAAAGAACUUCAGCUGAUUUUUACGAUGGCUAUAGUCCUCGGGAAUCCUCUUCUACAGGCUCCUCAAAUCUUUUUUCUCAGUCUCAGUAUUUGGAUGAUUCGGUCACCAGCAGCGUGGACAGCUUUUCCCUCAUGAGUGAUUUCAGCGCAACGAGUGCCGGAAGCUUUGCCCGCCACCGGUUUGCAAAGUCCUUCAAUGAUUCUAUUAAGAGGUCCCAGGGCCAUGCAGAUGACGGAUUGGCGAGGUCGAAGAAUGGUUCAUCUAACCCGAGGAAAAUGAAUGGAAUCCUAAAAAAAUUUAUGUCGAGAGGCGGUGAUCGCUCUCCAACUUCUCCGACUGGUUCAUUUCCAAAACUUCCAGAUUUGACGUCGCUCAAGCUUGACUCUUCGCAAGGCGAUGCACAUGGGUGGGUGGAAGCCAAAGCGCACCUCCACAGGGCUCAAACUUUGAACUCUCGGGAGCGCCAUGAUAGACAGAUGCAAGCCCUCGAGGACAACAGAGAUUUGGUGUUACAUCCUCAAGAGUACAUAUUGGACGAAAUCAAUUCGAAUGAGGUUAGACAUAGGCGGCAACCUGGCCUCGUUGAUGUGGAGCUUAAUUGCAUAGAUAAGGAAUUCAUCGCUGACUUAAUCAAAAAGAAGGCGAGGAAAGGAGGUGUGUCUUCUAUUGAAUUGUUUGCUCGUCAAACGGUCACUUCCUCGUUUAAAAGUCAGGUCGAGAUGUUAUUUGCGACGUUUAUUUUUUGCACAGAGACCUUUGCCCUAGUUGAUGAUCACGGUAAGACUGAUUUUGGUAAGGAACCUCAAAAUCUUAGUAAAACCUUGCACACUCCAUACUGUACGCCAUAUGAGUUGACUUGGAUUUUCAAGCGAAUGGCCAAUGCUUUAGGAAUUGUUUGUGAGAUUGUGGUUGGUUUUCUAAAGACUCCAGGUGCUAAUAAUAUGGACUUUAAGUACAACCAUUGUUGGCUACGGGUAUUGGUCAACGAAGAAUGGCGAAUGGUGGACGUAAUUCUUGGAAACAUGUCGAAUCCCAUCCAUGAGUAUAUCACCAACGCUAAGGCUGAACAUGCAGAAGCCUUUUAUUUCCUUUCCCAACCUCUCCAAUUCAUAUACACUCAUGUGCCACGCCUUUACCAGGAGCAGCAUAUUAUCCCAAUUGUAGAUCAGACCAUUGCAUUAAGCCUCCCUGUCGUUUUCCCAUCUUUCUUCUACAAUGAGCUGAUACUCCACAAAUUUAGCAAUGGACUGGCAAAAUUACAGGAUAACCAAAUUUACGAGGUGACAAUCGCAAUUCCCAACGAUGUUGAGAUUUUUUCCUCAGUGGUAGUUGAAGAACCGGCUGGCCAGGAUAAUGAGAAGAUGGACUUGUCUUUGGUACAGAUUAAGCAUCGUAAGAAAGACAGGUUGGCUGUGGUAAAGGCCGUAUUGACGCCAGGUACAUCACGGGGAGUUCUUCACAUCCACUCAGGCAUCAAAGGCACGCAAACAACCCUGGUAAACAUUCAUCCGCUGUCCCUUAUAAUACCUCUGGAACACAGCGGAACCACCAAAAGUUACGAAUUUGUCACUCGGAUACCAUCGAGAGCCCUUCAAAAAGUUGACAUGUACAUCAAAGAACCUCAAAACAAAUAUCUCUUCCCAAACAACGAUUAUGAUUUUGAAAUUAUCCAACAUCCGUGCGAUGGUGUCAUAUAUGGAUCUCCGGGAUUCAACAAAUCUUUCAAGCAGGCCCUUGCCAUACAGUCGCCUUCCGGAAAACUACAUUUAUUACGCAAAAGCGAUCCUAAUUUUGAGUUUGGAACCUGGGAAGUGUCGAUCAAGGGUAAAGAUAUGGAGUCUGGGAAAUGGGUUGGCUUGGCCACGUCUGAUGCUGGUGCCGGAUGGUGUGCUUUUGCAGAAUGGAGAUGUAUCUAG